AUGAGCUCCUACUUCUCGUCAUUGACUUCUUCGUCUGCCAUUUCUGGUCUUGGUUCUAGGCUCACAAAUCUUCGCCGCGCCAUCACUCUCGGCGAUGAGGGCGACGACCCAGACAAUGAGGACUGCUCUCACAUCUCCAACGCUCUCCGAGCCUACUACACAGAAAAGGGCCGACAGUUUCCACCAUGGCUACCUCAAGAUCCCAAAGCUCCAGCUCCAGCCCCCUCGCGCACAAUCGCAACCUCGCAACACCCCUCCGGCCAAGCUCCCGUCCAAGGCCGGAGUGGCGGUCUAGGCGAUCUGUGGGGUGACUCCGGCUCACAGCAACAAAAUCCACAAACCGCCAGUUUGCGUCGCGGCCGGGGAGGAAUGGCACCACCGCUUGCAUCUGCCCAUAGCGCACCCUCGGGCCAUUCCCCGUCACCUACGCCGCCCCUCACACAAUCACACUCCUACUCCCCUGCCCACGCAUCAGGCAACCUUCACCCGGGCGGCGCACGACCACUGCCAAGCCAGCGGUCGGGAUCAUCUCAGUCCUCGCAGAGUCGGCCGAACCUCGACCGCGCUGGCUCCGGAGGUGGCUCUGCCCAGGAUCGUCUCCGGGCCAGGCUGCAGGGUGGGAGGUCCCCAAGCCCCAAUGUUGACCCAAGUGUUCGGAAACCAGUCGGCCUGCCUCGACGGUGA